UAGACUCUGUACUAAGGGGUACGCACCACACACGCGGUACUCGUUCGGGAACCGUACGGGCCGUCCCGUUUCGCACGUUGUUUUCCCCGGGUUCCGUUCCGCCUCCCGCUGGUGCAGUGGAAGUGUUCGUAGCCCUGCAUGUACUGCCUGUUUGCUGUUUGCACACUUGUGCUAGACUCGUUGCAUCCGCCUCCCCCACCCACCGGAGUACGAAUAGAAUACCCAAUACCGAAGACCAGUAGACAACAUACUUCAUUGUGGAAUAACAACAGACCAAGAUGGCUAUCGUAAGUAGCAAAAUGAAGAGCGGCGGUGUGUGUCGCUGGAAAUGAGAUGCUCAGGAGGAACGCAGCCUCCUCCAAUGGAAGGAUGUUUGGUGCAAGGGGACGUUUGCAAGUUUAGGGCAUUAGGGCAUGAGGGCAUGGGGAAUUAGGGACGGGACGCCUCUCGGAAGCACAAGCGAGCAAGCAAGCAAUCAAACAAGCUAGCUAGCUAGCUUUCUGCUUUUUUGGUGCCGUGGGAUGGAAUCCGUAGGCAGCAGCUGAGAGCGGAAACCCAUGCAUGGUUUGGUGACGCGACCUUGGAAACAAACGCGGGGGAAGAACAAACGAACGGAACGAACGAACGAACAAACGAACGAGGGAKGGAGACCAACCAAUCCACAAAAKGAAGGAAGAGCAAGCAGCGCCGCGGKGACCGUUCCCGAAGACCCGCGAUGGUUGGUUGGUGGCUUGUUGGGUAGUUCACACCCACCGCGAGGCAGAGAUGCGGCGGCCGGCUGGUUUGUUUCGCCUCGUUUCGCCCUGUUUCCCGUCGUCGGUUGCUACUCUCGCGCUCCAACCAAGGCUCCGAUCCAAACCACGAACCGCGGCAGCCCCGCGCCCGAGACACCCUAUACCGGAAGUCGUCCGGUUUCCGCCGCCCCGGCCCUCGUUCCCGUUCCCUCUUCUUGCAACGGGAGUUUCCGCCGCGUUGUCCCAGACCAAGAACCCACGCCACGCCACACCCUAAACCGCUCCGGUGGUUUCUGUCCAACGAUGGUUGGUUGCCUGAUGAUUUUUUCUAACGCUCCUCUUUUGUUGUCUUGUCUGUUCCGCUCCGUUUCCAAUUCCAAUUCCAAUUCCAUCUCUAUCUCCCGUUCCUCGACCACAGGGCAAGAACAAGAGAUUGACCAAGUCCAAGAAGGGAUCCCGUAAAAAGGCCGUCGACCCUUUCCUCAAGAAAGAAUGGUACAAGCUGAUCGCCCCCUCGAUCUUUGCCCAGAAGGACUGCGGAAAGACCCUCAUCACCAAGACCCAGGGAACCAAGAUCGCCUCGGACUACCUUAAGGGCCGCGUGGUCGAGGUCUCCCUCGCCGACCUCCAGAAGAACGAGUCCCUCGCCUACCGCAAGAUCAAGCUCUGCAUCGAGGACGUCCAGGGGUACAACUGCCUGCUGAACUUCCACGGCAUGGACAUGACCCGCGACAAGCUCUGCUCCCUCAUCCGAAAGAAGCAGACCAUCAUCGAGGCCAACGUCGACUGCCGCACAACGGACGGGUACACCGUCCGUCUCUUUUGCAUCGCCUUUACGAGACCCCAGGACAACCAGAUCUCGGCCACGUGCUACGCCAAGUCCGCCCAGUGCCGGGCGAUCCGCGCCAAGAUGGUCCAGACCAUGACCGAGCUCGGAACCAAGGGAGACCUCAAGUCCCUGGUCAAGGAGCUCAUUGCCUCGCCCAUUGGAGACGAGAUUGCCAAGAACUGCAGCUCCAUCUUCCCCAUCAAGGACUGCUACAUCCGAAAGGUCAAGGUCCUCAAGAAGCCCAAGUUCGACGUUACCGAGCUGAUGGAGUGGCACAAUGCCGACGAGGUUGUCACGACGGGCGACGCCGGAACCGCCGUCGAGGCCCCCAAGGAGGAGGGACUCGCCGGAUCCGGAGGACGCCUGUAAACGAACGGGUGAAUCAUCGUAUCGAAUACGAAUAGCAGCAUCGAAAUCGAACCCAAUCCCGAACCAGCAGCAGCCCGUUCCUCUAUAAGCAAAAUAAAAACAAAAUUACCCC